AUGGUCGCAAUCUCGUGGUUGGCAUCACUCGGUGGGCUCGCCUUCGUGGCAGAGUACAGUGCAUAUCCGUUCCCCGCACCCCCACAGCGUACCCUCCCACCCCUCGCCCGUCUAUGGGGACGACAAAUAACCACUUCAAACAUUACGGGCGAAGACACUGUCCUGUCGGCCAUCAUCAGGUCCUCAACAACCUCAUCGAGUCGCCUGCCCGGCAACAAUGGCCCAUGCCCAUACAGUGACGGAAUCCCGGCCAUGUACAACCCCGACACGGGGAUAUGCGACCCGCAGGACGUUGACAACGGCCGUAUCUGCACCUUCAACAACGGGACGACAGGUCACAUGGUUGGGUACCCUACUGGGGAUCAUACGACCUGGAGGUGUGAGAGGGACAUAGAGACGACGGGCCCCGCCCCGAAGCCUGGGGGGGAGUGUAACCUCCAUCCCGACAGGACCGAGCCCUCCAUCCAGAUCGUCACGGGUGUCAUCAACUCCGAGGGCAAGUGCGUCUGCCCCGACAACAAGGUGCUCAACGCCAACGGCGAGUGUGUGGAUCUCGACCCAAACAAGAACUGCACCAUGUCCGAUGGCUCACCCGGCACGCUCGGUGGAAGCGACGGUAAGACAUGUACCGGCAUAGCGUGCACGGCGUCGGACGGAACGAAGAGCACGCUCAAAGCCGACGGGUCGUGCCCUGGCAAAGACAAAGUCCAGUGCCCAUCCGGGACCAAGCUCGGCGCCGACGGCAAGACGUGCGAGCCGGACUGCGUCAAGAACGGGGCGACCGGCAAGCUUGUCAACGGCGGCUGCGUCUACGCCGGCGACGAGUGCGACCUGCCUCCGCCCGACAGUGGCAAGGGCAUCUGGAGCAAGGACUUCAAGUGCGAGAAGAAGCCCGAGAACGGCAAGGAUUGCGAGGUCGUCAAUGGCCAGAAGGGCGUGUACGAGAACGGCAUGUGCCGGUGGCCGACGAAGAUCGAGGUCGGCUCGGUGUGCACCGGCGCGAACGGCAAGCCGGGCAAGAUGACCGCCGACGGCAAGUGCGACGACGGCAGCGGGAGCGUCACGCCGCCCAAGGAGCAGUCGACGUGCACUGCCGCCGGGUUGGUCGGGCUGAGCACCAAGGGCAUCGGCGUGGUGAUGAACGGCACGUGCACCGUGUACACUCGGCCCGAUGGCCAGACGUACUUCCCGCCCGGGACGAUCAACCCGCCGCAGGCGGCGGCGGAGGCUGCGAAGGCCGCCGCGAGCGGCAUACCCAAGUGGGGCAUUGCUGUCGCGGCAGCCGGCGGCGCGCUGGUGCUCGCGGCGGUCGCGGUCACGCUGUCCUGCCAGUGCGAGUGGGACCACGACCGGCACAAGCUCCGCCGGAAGAAGAAGAAGCGCACGAAGCGCGACGAGGAGGAGGCGCGCCGCAGGGAGGAGGAGCGGAUUCGCGAGGACGAGAGGAGAAGGAUGAGCUUGCUGCAGAUGCAGCAGCAGCAGAAUCAAGGUUUGCUCGCCAGCCAAGGAGGAGGGUAUGGUCACCAACAACAAUAUUAUGAUCCGUACAAGCCGCGUUAUUAG